UGAAAGCUGUUUGUUGCGUGUAACCAAACGCACCAGGCGACGACGGGCGGCGAGUGCGGCGAGGGGGGCGCGAAUGUCAAAAACUCACUUCUCCACGGCGGCCACCACGACGCCACUUAUUGUUAUAUUUUAAAUUAUUAUAUAGUGCCUAUAACUACAGUCCGCGUUUUAAUUAUCUUCUUACAAGUCAAGCAAAGACCCUAAACAAUGGUCCUUCGAGCCUAAAAAGUAAAAAGUUGCGAUUCUUCAAGAUUAUAGAAAAUACUUGUUGAAGGCGGAAAACCGUUACUACUACGAGAUACGUCAUCUUGAUCCUGAUCAUCGGCGAGUUGGUGAAAUAUCGCAAAGAAUACCAGCGAUAAAACGACGAACCUUUCUACUGCAUCUUCGUGUCGUCACUCGACCGCCAAACACCGCCGGCAGGACAGAGAACUGCGAGAAUUUUCUAGAAAUCAAAUCGUGACGUCAUCAACAGUCGGCGUCAUCAUCUAGGACGUGUGGAAUGUGGAAGUCACCUUAGUGGAAGGACAUUCAUUUUGUGAGUUUGUUCCAAUACAUUUCCUUCAGUUUCCUUUCCUUCUGCCUUAUAAUUUCAUUUUAUAUACGUAUUUUAUUUCCAUCUUGUCACUAUUUGAUUUGGAAGGUAACUAUUAACUGAAGUCAUAACGUAAUAACAUCAUUAUCUAUUUAGAUACUUCCUUUCAAACAGUAAACAAUUAUAAGUUGUGAUAAAUACAUUAGUAGGUAUACAUACAUAGUGAGUUCGAACGGCCUGCCGGCACAGUCACAGCUGAUCUAUUGUAUGCGCGACGACGUCAUUACGCAUCGUCGAUGCAGCACUUCUUAUAUUACUUUAAUUGAUUCAUAAUAAUUUGCGUCGAACAACAAAUUAUAACUUUGAACAGAACAUAAAUUAAGAGUAUACAUAAACAAUUUAACCAUGAGUGAUAAAGAGCAGUUAGACAAGCUUCUAAAAAGGCGUAGAACAAUAAAAGCGAAAGUUACUAGCUUUGAAAACUACUUAAAAUUAUUACUCAGUUGUGAAAAAAUAACAGACUUACAACGUAUCGAUUUAGAUGGACGUUUUAGUAAAUUCAUUGAUGUAUACCCAGAGUUUGAUAAAUUACAGACGGAGAUUGAGAUCCUGAGUGACACUCCGGACGUGAUGUUCUCCUACCGCGAGCAACUAGAAGCGCAGUAUCAUACAUUGGUGGCGCAGGCUCGCAUCUUACUGGAGAAGGUGCUGGAGCCGCAGCUUCAAGGAGGGUCUGACCGGUUCCACGAUGCGGAUGCAGAGCCAGUACCGAGUACGUGUCUCUUCUACAACAAAGAAUCAAAUGGCAAUCCUCUUCAAGUGACCUCAAACUGGGCGCACUAGUACUGAUAAAGGAUAAGUCGCUACCACCGCUCCUAUGGUUCCUGGGACGAGUUGUGAACAUUUAUCCGGGCAGCGACGGCAUUACUCGAGUCGCCGAUCUGAAGACUAAGAAAGGAACAGUACGUCGGGCAUUCAACAACAUAUGCCCUCUCCCACUUCAUUGAAGCACUUCAACCCGGGGAGGAUGUUGCGUGUAACCAAACGCACCAGGCGACGACGGGCGGCGAGUGCGGCGAGGGGGGCGCGAAUGUCAAAAACUCACUUCUCCACGGCGGCCACCACGACGCCACUUAUUGUUAUAUUUUAAAUUAUUAUAUAGUGCCUAUAACUACA